GUAGUCAACAUCGCUUAUCUGGUCGAAUAAUCUUCUUCUGUGGGAAAUCAGGGAAGGUUCUCAGCUGGUCAGGAGUGCCCGAUGAAAAAGAAUCUUACUACUCACCACAAGUCCUUAUUAGAACAGACGGGACAAAACUUGUUAUGUUCGGGACAGGAGGAGAGACACAUGGAGGGGGUCUUUGGCUAAUCAAUAUUAAUGAUUUGUUCUAUCGCCGACUGGAAAAAGCAAUUUGUAUUUUCUUUGAUCAAGAAAAGGGUGUGAUGACACCGCCUGUUUUACUUGACGUGAAUGGAGACGGUGAGGAAGAUAUCAUCAUGUCUAUGUUCAAUUCCUUUGUAAUAGCAUUUGAUGGAAAAACUUACUCUCAGCUUUGGAAUUUUACUUUUCCGUCUUCCGAAUCGUACAAUACACCUGCUCCUGGCUUUUACAACAACGAUGAUACACCGGAUUUUCUUGUAAAAUUUGCCCAUGGACCAGGAUUUCCUUUAUAUUAUUACUCAGAGACUACCAUUUUAGAUGGUAGAGGUAGCAAGAGUCUACUCAGAUCCCCUAUCUUGGAUACGAUUGGUGCACAAUCCUCUCCCCUGACAAUAAGCAUGGACGGGUAUGGAAAUGACGUCUAUUUAUAUUGGAUAUCUGAUUGUGAAAAACAUGAAGGACAAGCAGAGUCGUUUAAAUUUGUGAAAGGUACAAACAUUCAUGAGCAAAGCAGGUCUGAUUUUUGUCGUCUACGUUUCAAUUCUGAAGGAUUUUCGAAACUACUGGCGAAGAAUCAACAUAUAGCGUCACGUGGAAUCCCUAUUUAUUAUUCAGGUGACAGAAAACUCAUCGAACACAAGCACUGGAUAAAUACUACAAAAGAGUCCAUUCACUACAUUGAAACCUAUCCAGAUGUGUAUGAAACAUUAAUAAAAAAUGCAGAAACGAAAAGAAAAAGGAAUCAAUCAAUACAAAAAAAGAUGAAUAUCUUCACCAAGAAAUAUAAAUAUUUGAAUCCAGUAGAAGAGGCUCUCAGUUCAUCGUUGGAUAACAAUUCCAUCAACUGGAAUCAAUUUCAAAGACAUAAAUUCCAAAUAUAUAUGGAUAAGUACCCUGACAGAAAAGUGAGGAAGGAACAUUUUAGGACAAAUUACACCAUUGAUUCAUAUUUAAAGCAUAUGAACAAAAAACGUCAUGUAGGUCCCCACGACAACGAUGGAAUUCAAAGACUGCUGUCCACCGGAACUUUGGCACCAACAAUGCUCUCUCCAAGUCAUCAAAUGUACAAUCAUUCAAUCGACAUAGUCUUUGCUACAUACUGGUUUUUCCCGGCGAAGACACAAGCUAUACUUCCAGAGGAUCAAAAGUGUAUAAUGCAAAAAAUGAAAGAGGAAAAAUCACGUUUUGAUUCGAAAAGUAAACACUUCGGUUUGGAUCACGAUGGAUUCGAGCAGGUUAUUACUAAAGAAUGUCUCAAAGAAAGUGGUCACAAUUUACCUGAUAAUGAAACUUACGAGUCCCAGUCAACCUACAAUCCAUACAAUAUACAUAUGGGUCAGAUGACUAUAUACAGAUUAAGGCUAUUAAUGACUUGUAAGGAAUGUGACCCAUCAGAGAAAUGCUCCCGUGUUCUUCCAUUUGAAAAGCAACAGUGGACAUCGUACAUGGGGAAUGCUGGUGACAGUCACUGGAUGUCUCGAAAUGAGAAAUAAAUGUUCGUUUUACAAUCGUUGUCGAAAUAUACAUUGUAUAAACUUUGUUAAUUUCUUUAUCUAUUCUCAAAUUAUGAUAUCAACUGUCUUUAUCUAUGAAUCCUUUGAUCUUUACUACAA